ACAACGUUAUUGUCCACACAUUAACACUGUUUAGUGUUUUGACUGUUUUUGUCUGUAAUCGCAUGUGAUUUGACUGUUGAUUAUAAUUGCAUUAACUUUACGUUUGAUUUGUUAUUUUAAAUGUAUUUAUUAUAAUCUAAUUAUUUUUUUAAUAAUCAUAUGUAUUGACUAAAGUGAUCACUUGAAUUGAUCUCAAGACACACAGACGAAGACAGACAUAAACAGAAACAAUGGGUGUCCCGAAGUUUUACCGUUGGAUUAGUGAACGGUAUCCGUGUCUUAGCGAAGUAGUUCGUGAAUAUCAGAUACCAGAGUUUGAUAAUUUAUAUUUGGAUAUGAAUGGCAUAAUUCACAACUGUUCCCAUCCUAAUGAUGAAGACGUUCACUUUCGUAUAUCCGAAGAGAAGAUAUUUCAGGACAUCUUUCGUUACAUAGAGUUCUUGUUUCGUAUGAUUAAACCGCGAAAAGUCUUUUUUAUGGCUAUCGACGGAGUGGCUCCCAGAGCUAAGAUGAACCAACAAAGAGGUCGACGUUUCCGUUCGGCUCAAGAGGCCGAGACUCGUGAGAAUGAGGCCAAAGAGAGGGGCGAAAAAUUGCCUGAAGAGAAACGCUUUGAUUCAAAUUGCAUUACUCCGGGAACUCCUUUUAUGGAUAGACUUCAUCAGCAUUUGAAGUAUUUUGUGGUCAAUAAGAUUUCAUCCGACGAUCUUUGGCGUAAUGUUAAAGUUAUACUCAGUGGUCACGAAACUCCCGGUGAAGGGGAACAUAAAGUUAUGGAUUUUAUUCGAUACGAAAAAUCUCAGCCGGGAUACGACCCGAAUACCCGUCACUGUCUAUACGGUUUAGACGCCGAUCUUAUAAUGUUAGGCGUCUGUUCACAUGAACCACACUUUUCACUUCUUAGAGAAGAAGUUAAAUACAACAGAAGCAAAACUGAUAAAAACAAGAGAGACUCCAAUCCCGAAGCGAUUACAUUUCAUUUGUUUCAUUUGUCACUCUUUCGUGAAUAUCUUGAUCACGAGUUUUCUGAACUCAAGAACCGUUUGCCAUUUGGUUAUGAAUUGGAGAAAAUUAUUGACGAUUGGGUUCUCAUGGGUUUUCUUGUCGGUAAUGAUUUUAUUCCACACAUUCCUCACUUUCAUAUAAAUAAGAGCUCACUAUUGAAGUUAUACGCGGCCUAUAAGUUAGUAAUGCCUACAUUAGACGGUUAUCUUAAUGAUAACGGAACGUUGAAUUUACAGCGAUUCCAGAAGUAUAUCAAUGAACUCAAGAAUGUAGACAUUGAUAAUUUUAACGAUACGUGGGCUGACCUCAAAUAUUUUGAGUCAAAAACUGGUCGAAAGCUGUUUAAUCGAAAUGAAGAGCCAAACACUUCGAGAGCAGCAGCUGUUAGUAAUCUAUUGAUAGAUCCAGACAUUGAAAAUGAAUCCGAAGUCGUAGAUAUUGAAUCAGAUGAAAUAUAUGAGAGCAGUGAUUCAGAAUUGUUUAAGGAUGAGUUCAGAUCACAUAAAGAUAACUACUAUAUCGACAAACUCAAGUACCAACAAGUGGAUCAAUCAGUACUCAGAGAACAGGCACAUGAAUAUAUUCGUGCCAUUCAAUGGAAUCUUCAUUACUAUUACAAUGGAUGUAUGUCUUGGAGCUGGUAUUAUCCCCACCAUUAUGCACCUUAUAUAUCUGAUGUCAAUGAAUUUCACGACAUUAACCUCGGCUUUGAUAUGGGCCGACCAUUUAAACCAUUUGAACAGUUAUUAGCAGUACUGCCCGCUGCCAGUAAAGAAUUGUUGCCCAAAGCUUACGAAUCAUUAGUAACGUCUCCUAAUUCACCACUCAUUGACUUUUAUCCCGAAGAGUUCGAAACGGAUCAAAAUGAAAAACAACAGUCUUGGGAGGCCGUCGUACUGAUUCCGUUCAUCGAUGAGAAGCUUCUAUUAGAUGCCACCAAAAGCGUCGAUAAGAAGUUAACUGCAGAUGAAGCGAGACGUAACAGACACGGCCCGCAUCUGAUAUUUACAUAUUGUGAACAGUCUUUACCACCAUAUGUAUCACCAAAUCGAUCUAUCUUUCCUGAUAUUGUCGUAAAUCACUCACAAUAUGUUGAAUGCGAUAUCAAUAGCUUUUUAUUGCCAGCAAAAAAUAUACACAAAGGUUUGUGUCGCGGCGUUAAACUAAAUGUGUUUAUACCUGGAUUUCCAACAUUCAAAUAUAUUCAACACGAGAUUGCCAUUAGAAAGGAAAGGGUACGUGUCUUUGAACAGACAUCCAUGGGUGACAAUAUGAUUGUUAUUAUCAAAAACAACACCAUUUAUGAGAUUGAAUCGGUGGCUCAACAACUAUUGGAUCAGACAGUGUUUGUCAAUUGGCCACAUCUUUUGGAGGCCAAAGUGUUUAAAGUAACUAAUUCUGAAAUCAAGUUUGUCAAAGAUGGCAAUCGUAUUAUCUGUAAUGAUCUAACAGAUCAAGAGUUUACUGAAAACAAUGGUCGCAUUAAUUCAGUUAUUAGAAAAUGCAAAGAGAGAUGGGGUAUAAUUGUUAGCAAACCGGACGUCUUAGUUCAUGUUUACCCUAUGACUGGUUGGAAAUAUAUGCAUGGAGUUAAAGGCAAACUAACACUUGAAAAACAGUGGGGAACUACACCUAUCAUAUGUCCCAUUCAAAUGGUUGUUAAAGAUAUAACUAUUCAUGAAAAUCAUUCGCAACAAUUCCGAUCCAUUGAAGACAUGUUUCCGAGAGGAUGUGAAUGCUUUCCCAUUGCGAAUCCAUUUUAUGGUUCAAAAGCUAAGGUCAUCGACUGUAAGAAUGGAGUGGUAACUGUUGAGGUGUUUCCUCAAUUGGAACCCGAUUUAAGAGAAAUCCAGGACAGGGCUCAAGAGAUAAUUCAUGAGAAAUAUAUGCCGAACUAUGUUUUGGCACAAAAGUUAGGCAUUAAUGCUCAUCUAUUGUCACGUAUUACGGGAACUAUUUUUGUUCUUAAGAAUAAUAGAGAUUCACAGAAAAGGAUUAAUAUCGGUCUGAAUCUUAAGUUUAACUCGAAAAACGAAGAGAUUCCCGGAUAUUCUAUUAAAAGAGAUGAUAAUUGGCUUUUUUCGGGAAAAAUCUUCUCAAUAAUGGAAGAAUAUUUGACUAAAUUUCCAUUCAUUUUUGAAAAGUUGUCCGUUUGUGUUGAAAAAGAUUUCUUCAAUAUUGAAGACUUGAUACCCGGCGAAGACAAAUUAAAAACAUUGGAAACAAUUACCAAUUGGUUGAAAUCGUUGCCAUCUUCUCAAGAGAAACGCCAGAAAUGUAAUGCAGAAAUUCUUGACGAAUUUGUUGUCGAAGCCAUUGAAGAUGUUAUUAAUACACACAUUGUGUUUCCCCAGGAAUUAGCUCCAGUUAUGGAGACAUACAAACCGAUUCAAUUAUUCCGUCCGAUUCACUAUUUGGGUUACUCUUUGCCCGAUCCUAAAGCGACAUAUAAUCUGUUUGAUCGCGUUGUGAAUAUCAGAAGUGGUAUAUCAGUUCCAUUGGGCGCAAAGGGAACUAUUGUUGGCAAACAUAUUGAUGAUAGCAAUGAAGUAAACACUUUAUUUGAUAUUGUAUUUGACGAAGAAUUUGUUGGUGGAGUUGCUUUGAGAUGUACUAAAGGAAAGGGCUAUAAGUUAUCGCCCGCUAAUCUUAUUAACAUUACUUACGGUCUUAAAAUGUCCGGAAAAUAUGAGAAUUUUGUCAGUUCCGGUCAACCAUUGCAGACACGACCUCAGCACAGACAUCACAAGCAAAGAGAUCAAAAUUAUGGCAAUUCAUCACAAUAUCCCAAUUCAUUUGGUCACCGAAAUCCUCGCAAUAAGAUUGCUAACACACAUCAAUUUGGAUCAAAUUUUGCUAAUCCACCCAAUUAUCCGAAUCCACACAUAAAAGAGAUUUCUGUCAAUUUGAAUCAUUCGUCAAACUCUCCGUUUCAGUCACCGAAACAUGAGAGCCAAAGAAAUCAAGAGUUUCCUCCGAUGCAGGAUUUAUGGAACCAGUUAUCGGGUAUUAAAACAAAUGAUGAUAAACUACUGCCAAAGCCUUCAUUUGCUGAAAUUACAGCCAAUUCACGCGAUAAUGUAGUCAAUAAUAGUAUACCAAAUACCAAAAAUAAAAACAGAAGAUAUGGUGAACAACAAAUGUCAACAAAUACUUUAAAUAACAUACAAUUAAUCGAUAGUUUCAGACAUAUAUUUGACAGCGAAUGUCAAAAAUAUUUCAAACAAUUAGCAAUCUUUGAAAUAUUAACUUUCGGUCAAAUGAGGACACAGUCAUUAACAAUGACUUUACCCGAUAAGCAAUGUUUUAACGCUAAUCUCAGUGCUUAUGAUACACCUGAAGAUGCAUCGGAACAUCUCUCGAGAAAAGGACUCGAAUAUAUUAAUAAUAAAUUUGGUGCUAAUAUUGAUUUGAGUCGUCCGAAAAAAAUGUUGGCCACUCCUUCGUUUAUUGCACCCAAUUAUAUGCCGCAAUCUCGGCCUAGAAUUGCCGAGUCUUCACUCCCACGCCCGCCAUCCAAUUGGUUUAAGUCAAACAACAAACGCGAUAAUCGACCGGCGAAUAGAAAGAAUCAAAAUCAAAGCCAACCGACAAUUCAUGAUAUUCCCGAGUCUUUUGUUGAACACAAUGAAAGAAUUCUUCGACAAAGACAAAGCCAAUCGGCCAAAGCAAACGUUAGUUAUUCGGCAAAUAAAGAGAGAAACUUUCAGCCGAAGAAGCUAUUUGAUCCAAGAAAUGAUAAUUCAAUGAAUCUGAAUUCAAUGAAUCUGAAUUCAAUGACAAACACUAAACCAACUCAAAUGAAAAUUAUGAAAAGAGGCCAAAAUGACGGCCCAAAUGAAAUCUCUCAUCAAAGAAAAACUCCCCAAACGUCUAAUACGGUUAAUUCAUCGCCAUUUGGCAAUCAGUUUGUGCCGUUACAAGUGGCCAGAAAUAAUCAAUUGCACCGACAAUUAACACCACAAAAACCUAACGAAUCCAAAACAAUAGACAUCACUUCUUCAUCAGAUGAUAUUGAGAUUUUAACACCCGAUUCAUUGGUUCAUAUGUCUGCAUCAUCGCCGGCCGAUAAAAUAAAUUCGGAUGAAAUUGAAAUUUUAACUCCGGAGGCGCUCACAGCCAGAAGCUCAGCGAAUAUUCCGUCGAAAAGUGGUCACAAUAGACGUUCACGAAUACGGGUUAAUCUGAGUUGAAGUUAUUUUUUUUAAAUUGAAGUUAAUAUCAAUUUAUAAAAGUUUGCGCGAAUGCUAUAU